UUUUACUACUUAUUAUUAUUUUUUUUGGAAAUAAACUCUUAGUCGACAUUUGAACAUAAUCAUAUAAUUUAGUUUAUUUAUCAAUCAAUCAAUUGGCUUUAAAGUUUGAGUGAAAAUGGAAAAAAUGUCCAACUUGUUUUUUAUUCAAUUAUUAUCUUUGAUUUUUUUGAUUUUAUUCAUUCAUUCCAUUGAUUCCAACCAUGUUGGAACUUGUCUUCAUACGAAAAAUCAUUUACGAAUUCCAGUGCCAAACAUAUCGUUGUAUGAAGAGUGUUCACCAUGGUCAGAAAAUUCUUGCUGUGAUCGUCAAACAUCGAUUCUUUCACAUCAAAUGUUGAAUCAAUUUAAUUUUAAUCUUUCUCAUUGUGGGCUGAAUUCCAUAUCGGCUGGUUGUCUUCGAUAUUUUAUCAAAGAUCUUUGUUAUUAUAAUUGUGAUCCAUAUAUUGAACCAUGGAUUGUGAAAAUUGAUUCAAAAUUUGGUCCUGAAGAUUAUGAACAAGAACGAAUCGUACAGGUACCAUUAUGUGAAAGUGAUUGUAUUGAAUGGUGGAAUCAAUGUUCAGAAUCAUCGUUGACAUGUGUCCGAAAUUGGCGUAAACAUUUUGAAUGGAAUGAGAUAGAUGCUGAUUCAAUGAUUACAAAUCAUUGUCCAAAUGGUGCUCAAUGUAUACCGUUUAAAUUUGUAUAUAAAGAUGCAUAUGAUUUUUGUCAAACUGUUUGGGAUAAUCGUUGGAAAGUUGUACAAGAUACAGAACAAUGUAUAACCUUUGAAUUUGGUGACGGUAAUCAAUCGAAUCCUAAUCGAUUGGUUGCUGAAUAUUACCUGAAUGAACAUUUGAAAUUAUUGUUUCACAUUGAUCUAAUACCAUUGUUUAUGGAAUUGUUUAUUUUUGUCAUAUUUGUCUAUUUUAUUGUCACAUUUAUCGUGAAAAUUUGUAAACGUCGUUAACAUGAUCGUUUAUUUGAUGAUUCAAAAUCUAAUAAAAAAUAUGAUGAAAAUUGUGUGAUU